ACCCCGUGUACGUGUAGGGUUCCUAUUUCGUUAGAGGUUGAGAGAAGUUACAGGAUUGUUGCUCUUAACAUCGAUUUCGUGCUCGGAGAAUGAAAGCAGUUUUAUAAUUAAACGCUUCAUCUUUUGAGGAAUAACAACAUGGAUGCGGUGAAAGCUUUCAACACGGAGAUGGCGUCAAUACUGGACAUGAAGCCGCCGAUCUCUCGAGCGAAAAUGAUGUCCAUUACCAAAGCCGGGAUGAAAGCAAUUAAGUUAUAUAAGCAUGUUGUCCAGAUCAUUGAGAAGUUCAUCAAGAAGUGUAAUCCCGAGCUGAAGGUUCCCGGCCUGUACGUGGUAGAUUCGAUAAUCAGACAGUCACGCUAUCAGUUUGGAGAAGACAAAGAUGUCUUCGGUCCGAGGUUCCUGAAGAACAUCAGCGCCACCUUUCAGAGCCUUUAUGAAUGUCCUCCCGAUGAUAAGGACAAGAUCCUGCGUGUGUUGAGUCUGUGGCAGAAGAAUUCAGUGUUCAGUAUGGAAGUCAUCCAGCCACUGGUGGACAUGGCAUCGGGUCCGGUGGUGUCCGUUAUGGAGAACGGUGGUAUGCUAAAAGGUUCUCCAGCUGAAGCAGUGUGUGUUCAGCCGACACCAGGACUGUCCACACUUCCUGUAUCUCAGAGCCCAGCAGAUCAGCAGAACAGCGUGACCCUCGCUGCCGUGGCUCAGUUCCUCCAGUCUGCUCAGGGCCUCGACCUCCAACAGAUUCUGCGGACUCUCCAGCAGGGAGGCGCUAACCCAUUUAACCCCGUCCAACAGAACAGCUCAAUCUCUAAGGUGCUGCAGGACCGAUUUGACUAUGAUGAGGAGCAAGACGUUGAGAAACCACAGCCAGUGGAAAUGUCUCCCGCUUCCUCCAUAAAUCUGCAGCAAGCUCUUCAGGGUCACCUUCUCAGCCAGCUUUCCAACCAGGUGCUUCCUAAAACACAGAAUGAACAACCUGUGCCCAGACCUGAUGACAUCACCACCCGCGCCAUGACAGAACCCCACACGGCUGAAUUGGGUCACUCCAGGAGUGAUGACCACGAGAGAAGGUACAACAGAAGAUCCCGGUCAAGGUCUCCCAGGAGGCGUUCUUCACCUCGUCUUCAUCCUCACUCCAGCUCUCACUCCCGGCAUUCACGGUAUCGGCACUCUCGUUCCCGUUCCCGCGAGCGCCGGAGGACUCCGCCGAGAUCACGAGCAGAUGACAGGAAGGAGAUGGAGAGGAGACAUAAAGGACUCCCACCCAUAAAGAGAGAGACGCUCAGCGUGUGCAGCACGACUCUGUGGCUCGGUCAGCUGGAUAAGAAAACCCAGCAGCAGGACAUCAGCAGUCUGAUGGAGGAGUUUGGCCAGAUCGAGUCCAUUAAUAUGAUCCCUCCCAGAGGCUGUGCCUACAUCGUCAUGGUUCACAGACAGGACGCCUACACCGCUCUGAAUAAACUCAGCCGAGGAACUGCCAAGAUCAACCACAAAUCCUUCAAGAUUGCGUGGGCAAUGAACAAAGGUGUCGGAGGUCGCUUCAAGAAGUACUGGAACAUGGAGCUAGGCGUGACCUACGUCCCGUGGGAGAAGCUUAAGGACUCCGAGUUAGUGGUUUUGCGGGAGGGAGCCGUGCUUGACCAGGAAACACUCAAACCAGAGUGGGCCUCGAUGCUUGCCGAGCUUGUUAAACCCGUUGGAGACGGCGGAGAUGGACCUGAACCAGAACAUGAGGGCGGAGCUGCAGUCGUGCCACAGGUGCCUGCUGUAAGCACGGAGUCCACCGUCGAGCACACGAACACCCUGACAGCCGACCCUGUGGCUCCUUCAUCAGCCGACUCCAUCAGCGCCCCCCGGAGCCAGACUGCACCGUUACCUCUAAAUCUUCCUCCUCCUCCUCCAUUUAUACCGCCGUUUUCCAACAUCCUGCGUCCUCCACCUGGUCUGCCUCCCGGUCUUCCCACCAUGUCCGGGGCUCCCAUCUUCAGGGUCAGGUUGCCCAUGCCAGAUCCCGCUGGAGAUUUCCCACAUCCGGGCAUCAUGGAAGCUGAGCAGUGGAACGGCAGGCCUUUCAGGAACGACAGAGGACCACCCGAGUGGUUCGGCCCGGAGCCUCCGUUCAGGCAUGGCGGGUGGAGCCGAGGAGGUCACUGGGGUCAUGGACAAUUCAGAAACUGACCCCACCACCACCACCACCCCCCAAAAAAAUCUUAAGACUAACAAAAACUCACGUCGGCCUUAAAGAAAACUAAAUUUCUUCUGAAUUUGGAAAAAAAAAUUGAGAAACAUUAUUCUAAUAUAAUAUUAAUAAUAUUAUAAUAAUUAAGGAUCAUUAAUAUAAAUUUUCCGAACGGUUCACAAAAUUAUUCAAAUUAUAAAAAGACAUCAAUUUAAAAUGAAAUUCCCAAAUUUCUUCUAAAACUGCCAUUAUUCCCUAAACCUAAAAAUUACAAUGGAAUUCUUACCAUAAAAUUAAAUAUUAAAAAAUGACCAAAACAAGCUACAAUAUCUAUAAAAAGCUACAAGAAAUCCCCAGAAUUGUUCAAAUUAUAUAUAUUUUUAAGCCAUGAAAUAUGUUCAACAAAAAAUGGCUAUACAAAUGUCUCGGAAAAAAAUGGGAAAAUUUCCAAAAUGACUUCCAAAAAAAAAAAAAGUUAGCAAAAAGUCUUCAAACACCGUAACCAGAUUUUACAUAAAACCUUCAGCAUGUAAAAUUACACAAAUAUGUAACAGUCCUCAAAUCCCAUGAAAUUUCCCAGAGUUCUUCAAACAACUCCAGAAUUUCCUGUGAAGUUUUCAUAAGUCGAAUGUAGAAUAUAAAACAAACGCAACAAAUAAAAGUGAAGGUGUUGUUCUGAGCUCAGGACUGUUCGCUGAAUCUGAUCGUUGAUCUGUCCUCAGUGUUUGCAGUGUAAUUAUUCAUUUCUCUCUAAAUCUGUGAAAUCUGAUGGUUUUAGUCUGACGUUCAGUGAAACAUGACUGUAAACAUGCAGGUUUUCUCUUCAUCGUAGUCACGCUGUAGUGAUGGAGUCCAACAUCCCAUAACGCACUGUGAGAAGGUUAGCGUCUGGGCUGUCUCUACAUGCAUCGUGGAACGAUAGUGUGGUCUCAGACUUGGGGCAUGUCUGAUUAUUUAUUCAGAAUAUUGGUUUAACAAAGUUCUGUUCCCGUUUUGGAGGAUUUGUAUAUUUUGGAGUUCAGACUGUGUAGAAACUCACUGUUAAUUUUAGUAAACUAU